GCGACUGUUUUGCUGAUUGAUGAGCUGAGCUCUCCGACUCUACUAAUCAUCUUUACAUUCAAAUAUUUCUGACAGGGUUUUACCUCCACAGUUCCAUCUGAUCCGUUGUGGGUGUAUUUGAGGAGGUUAACUGCGUUCUGCUGUAAAGAUCGAGGCAUGACUGCUGUCCUGUUGCAGGUGUUCUCCUGCUGUCUCACAUAUGCAGUGUAAGUUUACCUCCACAAGAAUAUCAAGAGAUCCAACUGGGAUGAAAUCAGAUGAAAUUAAAUGUGAGGAUGUCGAACCCUCAGAGAGCUCCAAUCAUCACCAAAGCUCAACUGAUAUUUCCCACAUGAACAACUCUCCCAAACCAAUUAAACAAGAAAUUCACCACUGCUCACUGUGUGGGAAGAGUUUCAAUAGAAAGGGUUCUCUCCAUGACCAUCUGCGCAUUCACACAGGAGAGAAACCGUAUCACUGCUCACAGUGUGGGAAGAGUUUUAAUCGAGAGUACUGUCUCCAACGACACCAGCACAUUCACACGGGAGAGAAACUGUAUCACUGCUCACAGUGUAGGAAGAGUUUCAAUAGAAAGGGUCAUCUCCAACAACACCAGCGCAUUCACACUGGAGAGAAACCGUAUUACUGUUCACACUGUGAGAAGAGUUUUACUUACCAGAGUCAUUUCAAACGACAUCAGCGCAUUCACACUGGAGAGAAACCGUAUCACUGUUCACAAUGUGGAAAGAGUUUCACUCGAGAUGACAAUCUCCAAUUACACCAACGCGUUCACACCGGACAGAAACCGUAUUACUGUUCACAAUGUGAGAAGAGUUUUACUUGCCAUAGUCAUCUCCAACGACACCAGCACAUUCACAUGGGAGAGAAACCGUAUCACUGUUCACAAUGUGGGAAGAGUUUUAGUACGCACAGAAACUUUCAGCGACACGAGCGCAUUCACACAGCUGAGAAUGAGGACGUGCAGCAGUUCUCAUGAGAAACUGUGGGAAUGAACUAGUUUUAUUCUAAAUGCUUAGACAUAAAAUCAUGCAGAUACAGUCCAAGAGCUUCGGUUAAUGUUGACAUCAAACAUCAGAAUGGGGAAAAUGUGUUCUCUGUGACUUUGAAUACAUUAUAAAAUACAUUGAAUAAAAUAAAUGGUAAUUGACAAGACCCAACACUCUUCUAUCUAUUAACAAUAAUACCUCCCUUUGGCACUUGGUAAGAUGGGUCAAGAUGGUGCUUCAGGCCUUGGCCAUGAUGACUCUAUGAAAACACUUCAUCUCAAGUUUCAAGUUUUAUUUGUUCUGUACGAGGAGUUAUACACAAUAUAUUCGUUGCAGUCAAAAGCUUGGUAAUAAGUUCCAGAGCUGUGCUUACAGACUAUAACAGCCACCACCAAUCAUCAGUGCAGGAGUUUCUUUGGGUUUGUUGCGGCCGAAAAUGCCUGAUUUUUCUGCGGCUUUUUGAGACGUCCCAACCUGCAGAAACUCAAUUCAGGGAGGUGUCUUCAAACAUACACACAGCCACCCAACAUGUAUAAACAAGGAUUUUAUUAUGACCGAACGCAACUAUUUACACAUGCUAAUAAUGCUAAAGCUUUUCUGGUAUAUGCAGAAAAUGUUGCAUUAAAAUAUGUACUUGCACUGUUUCGUAUUAUAUUACUGUAUUCUUCAACUCAUGGAGUCAUUUUCUUAUUCAAGAAUUACUUUACACAUGUUUACAGGGAGUUUGGCCUCAUCACCUCGACAUCAAUACAAUAGCUCCUUAUAGCAGCUAGUUAAAAUAAUGUUAGCUAUGCUAAUGGACGAAUGACCCCUAUUAAACUC